AGUUGCUAUGUACUAACCGCCGCCAUUUCAUCGCGUCAUGACGGCAGUCGCGGAUUCCAACGACGUAGGAUCAAUCCUAGUGAAGGUCCAAGACGAGUUGCAGCGUCUAAAAGAACAACUGACAAGCAGCUCAACACCUGACGCAAGCACAACGUCGAUUUUGGACCUUCGAGGGUUAGAAAGCGCUAUCAACAGAACGGAGAAAGGAAUAAAGGUGCAUGCUGAAGAGGUGUUACAUGCUGCAAACAAUCAAGUUCUGACGUUGCCACUUUUGAACCAGAAUGCGCGAGCAAGAGGAGACGUGAAUAGAGACGCGAAUGCUAGCAACGUUCAUCUUACAUCGAGACUUCCUAGAGCUGUGCACACUCGUCAUGUCAUAGGAGGUGGCCUGAACUUGUCGCCAGGACAAAAAGUGAGACAAGCAUGGGGUGGUAAGCUGUUGGGCAACCCUACAAAUCCUGUGGCUAGAGAUUUUCUUAGGGAAAGUUACGGCGUGGCAUUGCCAGCAGUUGGAGCGAAACGAGAUGUGCAAGCACCUACCAAGAGAAUAGUAGUUGGAACAACAGUUGAACCUCUAACUGUCUUACCAAAACAGAAUCGAGUAGACGCACAGCUUACUCCACCACCUAUCACUGAAGAAGAUGCAAGGAAAGGAAUUCGUAGUCUCAUUGAGCGAGGUCUCAUUCCGCCUGCAGCAGAGCUGUCACUUGAUCCAUCACCAGUGAAGAACAAACCGGCGUUGAUUCACAGUCCAUUAGCCCAGCAUGCAAGGCACACUAUCAGUGAUGGCACAGCAGCGGGCGCAAACCUGGCUUUAGUCAAGAUGGAUCCUGAAAGGGCAUCAUCAUCAUAUCAUAGUAAAACACCAGAAAGUCAGUUACGAUCCAGACAGAGAUCAGAGUCACCGUUGAUUAGAGAGGCUUCCUCUGUUUAUUGGCAAACUAAGCCUAGUUCAGGUGCCUCCACUGCAACAAAGAGUACACGAUUGUUAACACCGGUCACGUUUGACACACCAUUGCAGCCACAGGCUCCUCAACCAACUCCAGCAACUGGUCUCAACAUUGUCCAGAAGCUUGUUAUUCAACAAGGAGUAACUGUCACUAGUACCCCCGAUUACAGGGCAUACAAGCAGUCGAAUGCUCUGCAGUGGGGCAGUAUUGUAACAAUUCUGAAGCAGUUGGAGGAGUUGUUGAAGGCUUAUUCAAUACCACUGGCUUUCAUUGAUGGAGACAAGCUGGUUGAUCUAUCUAUGGAAUAUGAGUUGGAACAGCAUCCAUCUAGAGAGGAGCUUCUAAACUGCAUCAUCAAUAACAAAGACAUUGGGAAGCUCAUGAGCAUGCCAGGACGACGUUUUAGAGGUCAUGACGGACAUCACAUAGCAGCAACCACAAUUCAGGCUCAGUUUAGAAUGUAUCGUGAGAGAGCUUUGUAUCGAGCUCAUCGAAAGCAGAAAUGGGCAGUAGGUAUAAUUGCUGUGAUGUGGGUAAUGCAGAUGAAAAUGCGAAAUCUAAGACAUACACUGAAACUAAAACGUGUAGCUCAACUGGAACGAUUCAGACAGAGAGCAAGAGAGUUUCGUCAUAAUUGGCAUGACAUUUGUAAAUCAAGAAGAGUUGUUGUUCAUAUUCCUUCGAGAGCAUAUCCCGAGAAUAUCCGAGAUCGAAUGAAUCACUUUCACUUAACAGAGAAUCUACAGAUUGGCCGACUGUGUGACAUCCGAGACUCACUUGUUGAUGUAGUGUAUGUGUCUCCUGUUGAAUUGAAUGAUGAAAUGUCACAGUAUUAUGUGAAGUUGAUGGGAAUGUGUGAAGAGAGUCAAUUAGAUGGACAACAGGAAGGAAAAGUGGCAAACGAGGAGCCAAUUGAGACACGAUUUCACUUUGUUGUUCCAGACAAUUUGAAUACAUUUAAGGGUCACAACAUGUCGCUGGCGACGUUACUCAUGUACAGUCCUAUUGCCAUUCAACGGAUUAAGAACCUGAUUGCUGGAAAGCAUGCUUUUAUUGUUUCCGGGUUGCAGUCAAAACAUGAUGAUGUAGCUGUAGCUGACAUGCUUGAUUUGCCAUGUUUGUCUUCUGAGCCGGAUGUGGCCUUGUCAUAUGCAACGAAGUCAGGUGGUAGGCGGAUAUUUAUUAGCUCUCAGGCUGCAAGACCUCCUUGUGAGUUUGACAUCUACUCUGAACAUCAGUUGAUCACCAGUCUGUCCAAAUUGGUUGCAAACAACUUAGACAUCAAGCGGUGGCUAUUCAAAAUCGAUGAUGAGUUUGAUAGUCGUGGCAUCGCAUACUGUGAUAUAGUUGAUAAUUUACCAUGUCGAGACUGGGUGGUGAAGCAGAGAGGACAUUUUGGUGACAGUUGGAGCAACAAAUGGGCUCAGGAAAGAGCCGUAAGUCAAAUCGCUGCCGAUCUUCCUGCCAUACUAGAGUCACAUACUGUCAUAGUCAAGAAACAGAUCUACCCAAACUGGAAGAGUUUUCUGGAAGUCUUCAAGAGAGGAGGCGUCAUCGAAGCUGCACCGGCGUGUGACAACAACAAUGUGACAUCGAUAACAGUUGAUUUGGUUAUUGACCCGGUUGGUGAGAUCAAAUUGUUGUCAACUGGAGAUCAGAUUCAUGAUUCUCCCUACCAUUGCUACGGGCUAUCAAUCCCACAGUCGUCCGUCGAUCCAAAUCAACUACAAACAGCAAGCGUCGACAUAGCAAUGGCAGCCUGCCGUCGUGGUCUCCUUGGUUACAUGACGAUUGACUUUGUUACCUUCAUCGACUCACAAACAAUGUGUCAGGAGUUGUGGGCUGUGGACUUGGGUGUUGGGUAUAGUGACAGCCUGGCUAUGAGUCGGGUGUUUGGCUAUGUGACUGGUGGACGGUUUGAUUUCUCUGAGGGGCUUUUUGAGGUGCCAAUCGAACGGAGGAUGAGAGAGUAUGAGAUGCAUGAGCAGCAAAGGAGAGAGGAGCACAGGGAAUGGGACGAAGAAUUAAUACCAAUGAAACCUCCUUGUCCUGUGCGGUUUGCUGUGAUGAGUUCUCGCCUCGUCCACACCAAUUUGUCAGUCAUACAGUACAAUGUUUUCUUUCGGAUGUGCAAAGCCCACAGUGUGGGCUUUGACAUGCAGGAGAAAACAGGUGCAGUGUUCACUCUAGUUGAUAGUACAAUCCGAAGCCAUUUAGGAAUGAUUUGUAUUGCGGAGGAUCUUCAGGCUGCACUGCAGAUGUUCUCACGAAAUCUGUCCGUCAUUCACCAGGAGAUAUCGUCACCUGACAUGCCAGGAAGAAACAACUUCAAGACUGUAGCGAUCGAAAUGGACAAGAUCCUCGGCAUAACAGAAGAAAACAAGGCUGUCGAAGCUCAACACAAAGACACCCCAAACUAACCACCAGCCACAACACAUGACCGACUAACUCAUCUCUAUUGAUCAAACAUCU